AUGCCGACUGACUCGGACUCCAUGCGUGCCUGUGUCGGCAGCGACAAGGACUUUAACCCGGCUGAUCGUGGCCCGGACCCUCAGCCGGACCCUGAGCCCCCGGAGCCGAACGACAUCCAGAGCUGGAUCAACGACUCGGGCGCCUCUGUCGUGCUCCUGUGCCUUUUGCCGCUGCAAGGUGCGGAGACACAAGACGAGGGGCAGGCGACACAGCACGGUCGCUCGUGA